UUAAUUCUAAAUUUCCGCCAAGAACCUUUUAUUUAUGCUGAGAGAGAGAGAGAGAGAGAGAGAGUAAAGAUGGAAGGCCCUCCAGAGGAUGAUUGCUGUGCAGUAUGCCAUGGCCGAUUCACUCUCCCAUGCCGCACCUCCUGCUCCCACUGGUUCUGCGGUGACUGUAUUUUGCAGGUAUGGAUCCAUGGAGAUACACUUAAGCGAUGUAGAUGCCCCAUAUGUUGUUGCUAUUUUCCCGGCUUGACACCCUUGGAAGCAUCCUUUGAUAGCACUCAUGACCCAGAAGCUGCUAGAAUCAUGGGAAAUGUUCGGAGGUAUAAUCGGGUGCAUGCUGCUGGCAUCAAAGGUCUCGUUCAGAAAAUGCUUGACCUGCCAUUUUUCAUCUGGAUGAUGCUACAAGACUUGAUGGAUCCUGAUAAAUCCAGCUUGCUCUUAUUCAGAGUGCGCAUUUUUGCAAUUAUACUUGGUGGAAUCUACAUGGCCAUCCCAAUAGACAUUAUUGGAAUAGAUAAACGCAACACACAAAACUUAUUUGAGUACGGUGCCUUUGCAUUUGUGACUCUCAUGCAUAUUAUUGGACUCUAUCGCACGGGGCGUCUCGGCAGGCAUGGAAAUAGAUGGAUCUUUGACCGACAUUAUUGAACACCCUUACACCCUCUUCUCUUCCCCAGAUUUCCCUGCAAAUAUCUGGAUACGCUCGAAACUGUCCUCAGUUUGGAGACAGGUUAAUAGCUGGUGUAGACAUCUUGUACAGUUCACAUGAACUUUGGGAUGGAGCGUGGAUCUUACGAUUAUUGUUGUUAAAUAUGAGUGAGAUAGACCCAUGUAGGCUUCGUACUUCAGUUUGAUUUGGGAAUUUUUUUUCUUGUUUGAAAUUAAUAGCAUAAUUCUUGACUUGUCUA